AUGACUGACACCGUCGAGCCGCAGCUACAGUAUUCGUUAGUGAUUGUCCAACAGCCCAAACGGGCCAAAGCUUAUGAAAUAAACAACCGCGAGCGACGGCCCAUUGAUCCAUGCCCUAUCUUACAGCUUCAGGUAAACAACCCCGACGGAACCGAGAAUACAAACUUGCACUGGAGUGGCGAGUUUGUCGUGCACGCGUUGUUAUUCGACGAAAGUGGAACCAGAGAAAUCUCAUACGUUUCUGACAAUUUCAACUUUGCAGAUGCUUCUUCUCACACAAUCAUGGACGAGGGUCAUAAUACCAUGCUGGUGGGUCUGACAGUAUCAUCCGUUUACUAUUUGCGCGACCUGGAGGACAUUUGCAGAUGUUUCUUCUAUUUCUCGGACAUUCAAGUGAGACAACCCGGUCGGUUCCGCCUACGCUUUGGGCUUCUUCGAUUAAAUACAGAGGAUAUGAACCCAAUCGAGUCAAAACCCGUGCUCAAGUAUGUGUUUUCGGACCCGUUUACAGUGUACACGUCAAAGGAUUUCCCCGGAGUCGACGAAUCGACGGCGCUUUCAAAAAAACUCAAUCAACAGGGGCUUGGCAUUCCAAUUCGCAACAAGGGGAGGUUGAAGCGAGAUGACGACGAAGAUGGCGAGGGUGAUGUUUGCGGCGUGGGAAGCAGCUGUGGUGGAAACAACGAUUACCAGUGGAGCUGA